GUAACUGUCUAAUACCACCAUCACGCCUCCGACGACCGAGCCCCGGGUCCUGUCGCGCGUGCUCGCCGCCGCCCUGCCUCGCUUUCUGCUGCCGCGGUCCUUCCGUGCGGCCAUGAUGGAGAAGCUGUGGAUCGUCGAGGAGCGCAAGGACAAGCGCAUGUACCGCCGCCGCUGCGCCGGCUCCGACGUCCUGACCUUCUUCUUCGUCUCCUCGUGCGCCCUGCUGUUCCUGCUGGUGUGCUCCAUCCUCUAUGGCACCCGCACCGAGAUGCCCACCCUGCCGCCGCUGGUGCGCGAGGUCAUGCCUGCCGGCCGCUGCCUGUGCGAGUUCAGCACCAACUUUGCCUGCGACACGUGUCUGGACUGCGCCGCGAACCAGGUCGUGCUGGGCCAGAACGCGACCGAGGAGGCCGCCAACUGGCUGUUCAACUACAAGCGCGACGCCAAAAACUACGGCCUGGACGAGGCCCAGUGCGACAGCGCCUUCCCCGGCCAGUACGAGGACAUUGAGCGCGCCGUCAAGGUGCGCAAGCGCUGGGGCAAGGUCACCGAGGCCGACCUGUCCAGCUUCGACCUGUCCAAGGGCAUGGUGCGCGCCAUGAUCUACGACCGCGAGCUCUACAUCAUCGAGACCUUCCUCGUCGACAACAUCAACCGCCAAAAGGCCCUCGCCUCGCUGAGCGCCAUGUACCGCGCCAUCCUCGCCGCGCCCACCGACUCGGACAUCCCCAACAUCGAAUUCAUCUUCUCUGUAGAAGACCUGCCUGCCCAGCCCACGAAGCCCAUGUGGUCGCUCGCCCGCCGCGCCCAGGACCACAAUCUCUGGCUGAUCCCCGACUUUGGCUUCUGGAGCUGGGACAUGCCCUCGAUAGGCACGCUGGACGAAGUCGCCAACGAAGCAGUGCAGCGUGAGAGCAUUGAGCCGUGGGACCAGAAGACCGAGAAGCUGGUCUGGAGGGGCAAAAUCACGUUUGCGCCCAAGCUGCGGAGAGCUCUCCUCGACGCUGCGAAGGGGAAGCCGUGGAGCGAUGUUGGGCAGCUGAAGUGGACGGACCCGAACUUCAAGGAGCAAUUUCUUGGGCCGGUCGAUCAGUGCAACUACAUGUUCAUUGCACACGCCGAAGGACGCAGCUACUCAGGCUCGCUCAAGUACCGCCAGCUCUGCCGCUCCGUCAUCGUCUCGCAUAAGCUGCAGUGGAUUCAACACUAUCACUACCUCUUCCGCAGCAACGGCUCGAAUCAGAACUUCGUUGAAGUCGAACGCGACUUCUCAGACCUCGCUGCGGCCAUGGAAGACCUCCUUGACCACCCCGAGAAGGCCAAACGCAUCGCCGACAACAACGUGCAAGUCUUCCGCGAGCGCUACCUAACACAAGCCGCCGAAGCCUGCUACUGGCGCAAACUAAUCCGGCGCUGGAAAGACGUCAUGGCAUGGGAGCCUGUGCUGUAUCAAGGCGUAGAAGUAGGCGAGCACAUGCGGCGGACGCAGAAGCGCGGAGAGCGCUACGAGACCUUCAUGCUGUACGAGCCGCACGUACAGAUGGAGUGGCCCAAAAGUGGCCAAUGACUCGCCCGGCAAGCGAAGGACCCGUAUGCCCAGGACCCCGUCCAGACGCCACAGGACGCGGGCGAGCACGAUACGCUGCGCAUGUAGCGUGCGAGCGCGCCCCAGGACACCGAGCAGCAGCGACAUCACACGGCUCCACCGCGGAGCCAGUACCUGCAGCGCACAAGCAGCC